AUUAACGACUCCUUAUAAAAAUGGAGUUAUCUCCCAUUGACCAAUUUUUGACAAGGAAACAAAGGUUUUGAAAACUCGUAAAACAUCCGGGAUUGUUUGUUGGCUACUGUGUACUAAUAAUGACCCGAACGUAACAGUACGUCAGUAUAGAAUUAUCCACGAGAUAAACCGCCAACUUGUAAAUACAAGCAAUAUGAGGACAAGAUCUUACCCAUAACGCUUUCGACAACCCUUUUGUAUAACGUACUGACCUAUAUGGAUAUUAUAGUAAAGCCAUAGGCUAUAAAUAAAACCUAUUCAAAUUGCACAGUCGUGUGUAACGAUAGCCUAAUGCUUACAUGUACAAAAAUCCACUAAGACAGGAGGUAAAGGCUAAUCCUUUCUGAAGGUAAACCAGUAAACAAGUAACACCAAAAUGACAGAGAAAAAUGUUGAUGUGAUUGACAGUGACAAGGAAGUGAAUGGGGACAGUGUAAGUGAAAGUGAAACUAGUGAUGAAACAAACUAUCGGCUGUUAUCAAAAGAUGAUCUGAAAGGAAAGGAUCGUUAUGUCUAUUUUUAUGGAAAGGCGUCCGUAAUUAGUCAACAUCAUAAAUGUGAAUUUGAGAUUGAUGGUGUGAAGUUCUGUUGUGCGGAACAAUAUAUGAUGUAUAUGAAAGCAGUUACUUUUGGUGAUGAAAUAAUGAAGAAAACCAUAUUAGAAUCCACGCAGCCAGUGGAGAUGAAACGUUGCGGACGAAAGGUAAAGAACUUUGAUCUAGACAAAUGGAACGAGAAGGCUGUUGAUAUUGUAAAAAGGGGAAAUGCUGCUAAGUUUUCACAGAACAAAGAUUUACAGAAAGAGUUAUUUGACACUUAUCCUAAAAUUCUAGUGGAAGCCAGUCCAAGAGAUAGGCGGUGGGGAAUAGGAAUGUCUGGAAAAAAUGAAAAGGCUUGGGAUUCGAAAACAUGGAGGGGUAAAAAUCUUCUAGGAUAUGCCCUCACUGAUGUACGUGACCAACUCAUGCGAGAUGAAGAUUUAAUUGAUUGAUGAAUCUACAUAUUUUUAAUUUUGCGCACUGGUGUUGAAAAGAAACAAAUUUUUAAAGAUAUUCAACAUUUGUAAAUAAUUUAGUGUUAUGAAAUAACCAGCUUUAUUCCGAUCAUUUAAGACGAGAUUUCUAAUGUUAUGUAAUAAUAUUGACCUCACACCGUAAUUGUGUCAGUUAUUUAUAAAUAUAUCUAUUCCCUCUUAUAUUUUCUCGCCUUUUACAUGCAGUUUUUGUUUUGUUUAUUAUUAGAUUAUUAGAUUAAUGAAAAGGGUUAGAAUCCGUAGUGCGAACCCAUGACGAAAAUUAAGAGUUGUUUCCCCUGAAGUCGUUCAACGGUUUCGGGCAGUGUUUACUAUUUUAUUAUCGCUACUACGAUUUUUCUAUUGAUUGCUCAUUGUCUUAAUCUUUCGACCGUGCGUCUCACACGGCUCGUACUGUACAUGUUAAAUCUCACCUACCCUACAGUUUGAUCAUUCUGUAUAUCGUCAAAUUUACAUUUGAUAGAAUAUUGCCUAGGCUAACAAAACGAUUCUACUUUGCUGUUCGAUUGCCUGAAAAUAGUGCUCAAGUAUAGUUCAAGUCGUGAUGCGCCAUUUUAAGCAAGGGGAAUCACUAAGACUUGCAAACGGUUCAGUUCCGUUCAGUGUUUACAUAGAUAUGUGGAAGUGAAAUUUUAUAGAUCUUAGAAUAUGCUGCUCAAACAAGACGCCGCCAUCUUUUAUUGGUAGCGGAAAAACCUGAUGGAUAGUUUAAAUCCGAUUGAAUUCAAGUCAGGACAUUAUGUAAAGUGGCUGUUUUGAUUUUGUUUUCUUAAUUAAAUGUUAAAUAAUCAAUCUGAGUACCUAUUAACGCGGAUUAAGUCGUAAGAAAUUUGAUAUUUUAGCUACAAAUGCCAAUGGCGCAUGAGGGCAUAUUUUUAGCCUCAUGUCAUAUCUUUAUUAGUUUAAUAUGCGUGACUGUGACCGUGUAGCUAAUACUUUUUUUUAAACAUUUUGACAGAUCAUAUUUAAAUUUGAAUUUAAUAAAACUCCUAUUUUGUUUUCAUCUUUAUUUUGAUAAAUUAAAAACGUAUGAAUUGUUUAGUAAUAUUUAAAUUUUAUGUAAUAUUCUUUGCAAAAUAAAACCAUUUGUUUGUG